AUGUCCUCCACCGACGAAAUAUCUACAAAUGACAAGCAAUUCAUCAUCGAAUGUCUCAAGAACCUUGACGAAGACAGAUUGAUCAAUCUCAACAAAGUCGCCAAAACCCUGGGCUACAGAAACGUCUUCUCUGCCGGCAACCGUCUCCGUAGCCUACGCAACCGCUAUGGCUUCGCCAACUUCGAGGGAAAAACGAUCACCGGUAAGGCUGUAUCUGGCGAGGGAGUGGGAACCCCAGCUCCAGCCCCAGCUCCAGAAAGGAAAAGGGGUCGUCCUCGCGUGAAUAAUGUGGCUCCCAAGGGCAAUGCUGCUGUCGAAGUCACCAACAAGCGUAAGCGCGAGGAUGACAACAAGAACACCACCACCACUAACAAUAACAAUGAGGAGAACAACGGCGAUGGCUCCAAGAAACCCUCUCAUCAGACCGUCUCUACUGCUGCCACUACCGCAGAAUGUGGAGCUACCACCAACGGUCACGGUCACGGUCACGUCCACGGCCUAGGUAAAGCCACCACUUUCCGCGCAGUCCAUUUCCCACGUUUCUCAACACCAUCUAAGAAGCGCAAAAAGCAGGCGGAAACAACUACAACAAGAACGAACAGGAGGAAGCUGGACACGCCGAGUAGACGAAUCUUCCGCAUAGCAGCACAGACGAUUGGAAAGGCGAAGUCGGAACGACGGAGGUUAUUGAAUAGGGAGACAAUGAGGUCGGGGUUGAAGUUGGUUUUCAAGUUGCAGGUUUGA